CUUAACGCCGAUUGCCAUAUGAAAGCGAAGUCUAAGCAAGUGUUGUGCAUCUGAGUGUGUAUGCGUUAAUCUUGGAAAAAGAUAGAUCUUUUUUUAAAGCCAUACCUGAGUACAAUAAUAGAUUUGGCUGGAACCUACAACCUGAUUAAAUAAAUAGUAUUGUCUAUCUCUGAGUGCACCGUCUAAGUGGCAGCCAAUUAUAUCUUAAUUCGUCCCAAGCGAAGAAGUAUGGAAGGCCAACAGUUCUGUUUACGAUGGCAUAAUUUUCAAAAUACUCUGUUAAGUUCUUUACCAAAGUUGUUGGAUGGCGGAUACUUAACAGAUGUUACUUUAAGCGCAGGAGGAAGACACAUUCAUGCUCACAAAAUAAUACUUUCAGCAUGUAGUUAUUAUUUUAAAGAAUUGUUUAAGGACUUAAGCUCUUUACAGCAUCCAGUCAUCGUAUUACCAGGCAUGGAAUAUGGAAAUUUGUGUGCAUUAGUUACAUUUAUGUACAGCGGAGAAGUUAAUAUUUAUCAAGAACAAUUGCCUGCACUUUUAGCUAUGGCUAAUACCUUACAUAUUCGUGGCUUAGCUGAUAUUGGUGGGAAAAAUCCAAGACAUGACAACGGCUUACGCGUUCAGUCUCCUAUAACGACCCCUCAAUCUCAAGUAAACACUGUGGCAGAAGAAACAUUAAAGAAAGAAACUAAAGAGUGCAGCAUUGGAGGAACAGAAUCAAUAGAAACACUAUCGAUACCCGAAGUCGCACCUAAUUUAGAAGAAGAAUCUUACAAUGAACAAGAAAGUAUACCAUAUUAUGUUAAGACUACACCAUAUUAUUCGAUAAAUGCAAAAUUAAAUCAAAGAGAAAAGGUACCUAGUCUUAUUAAUACGUCAUCCAACAAGUAUAACGAGAAAGUAUAUCCAGAAAAUACGAUGGAUGAAACUGCUUCGGUUUCGGAAGAUGCUAAUACUACGCAAACGGAUGUAAAACCGCCUAUUUGGGAUUCUAACUUCAAGUUCCUUGGCUCAUCCGUAUCUAAUAGAACUUCACACAUUUACAAUAAGUCUAGUGUUACAUGUCAUGUUUGUGGUAAACAAUUAAGUAAUCAAUACAAUUUACGAGUGCAUAUGGAAACUCACAGUAACAGCUCGUAUAGUUGCACGGCAUGCUCACAUGUAUCACGGUCACGAGAUGCUUUAAGGAAACACAUUUCGUAUAGACAUCCAGUGUCUACACCCCAAAAACGUCCACGGUAUAAUACUUCUAAACAAUAGAUCGUUAUCUAUUUAUCAGGAAUACCUAACAACAUACAUUUUCAUCUUAGAGGAUGAAUUACAACUCGUCCUUCCAUUUAUGCAAAGUUUUUCCGUUACAUGUGGAAAAGAAAACGACUUUGUUGGUGUACAAGAAAAUAUUAGAAGUAA